GUACAUUUAUAAAAAGUUCGAAAUUACAAUCUUAUCCUUCAGCGUGAGAAAGAUGUCAUUCUAUUGAAAUUCCCCAUAUCUUAUAUCCAAAUCACAACUCUAAGUUCGACUUAGAUUCUUGGAAUUCACUUCAGUUGAGCAAAGCUCUUGAAUUUCUCAGAGAAAACUUUGAAUUUUCUGAGUUUUUUUUUUUUCUUUUAGGUUUUCUUCUUCAGUUGAUUCUGAAUUUUGUGUGUAAAAAACCAUGGAUUCUUCAACAAUGCUGUACAACCAGCUCAAGUCAUCAGAACCCUUUUUCUUGUUGGCUGGUCCCAAUGUGAUUGAAUCUGAGGAGCACAUUAUGUAUAUGGCCAAAGCCAUCAAGAGUCUCACAUCAAAAUUUGGGUUGAAGCUGGUUUUCAAGUCGAGCUUUGAUAAAGCCAAUCGAACCUCCUCAAAAUCAUUUCGGGGUCCUGGCAUGAUUGAAGGCCUGAAGAUCCUUGAGAAGGUCAAAGUAGCAUAUGACAUCCCCAUAGUGACUGAUGUACAUGAAAUUGAACAGUGUGAACCAGUUGGCAGAGUUGCAGACAUCAUUCAGAUUCCAGCUUUCCUCUGUCGUCAGACAGAUCUCCUAGUCGCUGCUGCCAAGACUGGAAAAAUUAUCAAUAUUAAGAAAGGCCAAUUUUGUGCUCCCUCUGUCAUGGUAAAUUCUGCUGAAAAGAUCAGAUUGGCUGGGAAUGAAAAUGUGAUGGUUUGUGAGAGGGGAACUAUGUUUGGCUAUAAUGAUCUGAUUGUUGAUCCACGCAACUUGGAGUGGAUGAGGGAAGCUAAUUGUCCUAUUGUGGCAGAUGUCACACAUUCACUACAACAGCCUGCGGGGAGAAAACUGGAAGGCGGAGGUGUUGCCAGUGGAGGUCUUCGUGAAUUGAUACCAUGCAUUGCGAGGACAGCAGUUGCUGUUGGAGUGGAUGGAAUUUUCAUGGAGGUGCACAAUGAUCCUCUAAAUGCUCCAGUCGACGGUCCAACACAAUGGCCUCUACGCCAUUUGGAGGAACUGCUGGAAGAGCUUGUGGCAAUAGCUAGGGUAAGCAAGGGGAAGCAACGCUUCAACAUUGAUCUCACACCAGUCCAUGAUUAAGAAGCUCUUUGAGGCUUUUCUCAAGGGUAAGGGAGGAUAAGCUCACGACCUUAUGGCUCUCUUUUUUCCCAUGACUAAAGAAAAUAUUAUUUGUUUCUAAAAAUUUAUAAAUAUUGAAUUUAGUACAUAAACAUAGGGAUGCACAGUUGCAAAUUUAUUUAUUUAGUUAUUUACUCAUUUCUGAUAGGGAAAAAACAGUACCAUUACCUUAACAAAGUUGUUCCUCAAUGGGAUAUUAUUGAAUUCAAGUUCAUCUGAGAUUUUCUUCAUAACUUUUAGCAUAAGAGAUGAGGAAGAGACCCGAUGUUAAAAUUUGUAGUGAUGAACGAUGUUGAAUUCUUUCUUGAAUUAGUCAUGAAUCUGCUUUCGGAGAUUCAAACAAAAGCAAAUCCGCCCCCAAUCUGGGAAUUGUGAUUUAUCAGAGUGUGGGGAUUAGGGCCUUCAGAGUGAAGGUUUUGUGCAUUGUUGUCUUUCUAAAACCCACACUUUUCUUGUAUUGUAUACUUUUUCUCUGUAAGGAUCUCAUCCUCCUAUGAUCACUCUUAUGGCUCAUCAAAUUUUUGAAGUUGUUGCU